AUGAGAAGGACGGAGCCGAUCUACGUCGAUUUAACAUUACAUUGCAUUUCAUCGACGGCUGCCCGCUUCCUCCUUUAUCGACCCAAGCCCAAGGGCACAAACCCUGUCAAAACUCGUAUCAUAUACUACCCUGCCGCUCCGGCUUUCCCUCGCGCUCGCUCGCGUCCACCUCCCCUUGCCUUGUCUCCCCUCGCAGUCCCAGAUCUCAUCAACAUCGCCCAACCCGCCGAUCUCGAUGCGCGAAUCGCAAGCCAGGCGACCGGCGACGAGACGCCCGGCAACGCCGCGCGCCAUCAGCUUCCGGGGCGGCCACGGGCUGGGCCGCAUCCUCAUUUGCCCUCCCCGUCGUUCUUUCGACGCGUGUUCGAUGCGCGCGCCUUCCUCUUCGUCUUCGCAGACGUCUACUUCGCAGGGCUUGCGUUCUCACGGGAACACUAA